AUGAUUGAUGGCCAGCGCACACGACGCUCGCGAUGCUUGUUCGUUACGCUCAAACAUCAAGACGCCGACGAUACCCUCAGACCCCUGUCUGCACGCUCAGAAGGCCUCCACUUGGCCUCACUAGCUGAAAAGAAGCGUCUCUGGUGGAGAAAUGCUAUCAUUAACUUAUUAUUUAUUGCAUCAUGGUUUUUCUUUGCAACCCUUUUAUCUGUGUACAACAAAUGGAUGUUUUCACCCCAGUAUUAUGGCUUCCCGGCGCCUCUCUUUGUGACGACUAUGCACAUGUUCGUGCAGUUCGCACUUGCGUCGUUUCUCCGGUUUACCUGGCCACAACACUUCCGACCCAAGAGCGACCCAAAGCCUCGCGACUAUGGGACAAAGGUGGUGCCAACUUCGAUCGCCACUGGUUUAGAUAUAGGUUUUUCGAACCUUUCGCUCAAAACUAUCACACUCUCAUUUUACACUAUGUGCAAGUCGUCGUCACUAAUCUUCGUACUAUUCUUCGCGUUCCUAUUCCGACUGGAGCGUUUCACCUGGACGCUAAUCGGAGUUAUUGCGCUUAUUUUCGCUGGUGUAAUCCUCAUGGUGGCUACCGAAACCAGCUUUGUGCUGGAAGGGUUCCUGCUGGUCAUGUCUGCAAGCGCCCUGGGGGGUCUCCGAUGGAGUUUAACCCAGGUACUGCUUAAAGAUAAGAAAAUGGGGAUGGACAAUCCGGCGGCAACUAUAUUUUGGCUUGCCCCAUGUAUGGGAAUUACGUUGGCAAUUGUCAGCGCCGCAAUUGAAAGUUGGGGAACCCUUUUCUCGACAAAAUUCUUUCAAGGAUUGGGACAAAUUGCGUGGACCACCGGUUGUUUAACGGCGCCCGGUGUAAUCGCGUUUUGCAUGGUUCUGAGCGAAUUUUACAUUAUCCACCGCACUGGAAUCCUGCCCAUGUCGAUCGCUGGAAUUGCAAAGGAAGUCAGCACGAUUACGCUUUCGGCGUGGUUCUUUGGCGACAAACUAACGGUAUUGAAUAUGACUGGUGUUGGGAUUACUGUCUGCGGUAUUGGGCUCUUUACGUAUCACAAGUACCGGAAAUCGAUGGAGAGUACCGUACCUUUGGACGCGCAUGGCAAUCCGGUUUCCGAGAGUGAUGAAUACCUGGAGGGCGGUGAUGCAGAGGAAACGGCGCAUCUCACCGAGUUUCCUCGAUCGGAGGAAGAUGAUGAGGACGGCAGCAUGAGCGCAGAACGAUCGAGGCCGUCGCUCUCGUCAGGGCACGAGAAUAGGGCUAUUGCGUUGUAA